AUGGCUAACUUUGGUGUAAUGUUUGAAAGUGGGAAGGAACUGAAAUUAGAAGGUUACUCUGAUAGUGAUUGGGCAGGAUCCCUCGAUGACAUGAAGAGUACCUCUGGAUACUUCUUCACACUUGGAUCGGGCAUGUUUUGUUGGAGUUCAAAGAAGCAACAAACUGUUGCUCAGUCCACAGCUGAAGCAGAGUACAUUGCAGCAGCAGCAGCAGUCAAUCAGGCCAUUUGGCUCAGGAAAUUGCUUCAGGACCUUAAUGAAACACAAGCUGAAGCAACUGAAAUUUGGGUGGACAAUCAAUCAGCAGUUGCUAUAGCUAAGAACCCCGUGUUUCAUGGGAAAACUAAACAUUUUAAGAUAAAGUUACACUUUGUUCGAGAGGCUGAACAAACAAAAGAGAUCAGCCUUGUUCAUUUCGAAGGAGGAGUGUUGAAAGCUGGACUGCAAAGCAACAUGUGGCCAGUAGCAUGGUUGGCUGUCGAGCUUGGUGAUAAUGCUUGUUUUGCAAAUUCUGUUUUGCAACUUUGUUUUCUUUUUGCUGCUGCCAUUGUUCCAACACAUUUGGAGCUUCAUUGUUUACAAAGGCUAGUAAGCUUUUGUUCAGGGCAUUACACGUUAAGGUUUCCAUCCUUAGAACAAGUUACUUUGAGCCAGUGUCCUAGGAUGAAGAACUUUUAUGAAGGAGUGCUAAGCACACCAAAACUGCAUAAAGUGCAGUUAACGGUAACAGAUUUUAAGGGACGUUGGGCUGGUGACCUUAAUGCCACAGUGGAGCAAUUAUACAAAGAGCAGGUUGGAUAUCGUGGUCUAAAGAAUUUGAAGUUGUCAGAUUUUUCGGAGUUGAUAAACAUAUGGAGUAGAAAUCCUCAAGAAAUGUUGGAUUUUAUAACUCUUGAAUUUCUUGAGUUUUGUGAUUCCAAUAAUUUGAGAUACAUUUUUAACUUCUCAAUGGUCUUCUGCUUGGGACAACUCCGGCAAAUGGAGAUCAAGAGAUGCAAUAAUUUGGAACAAGUCAUCAAAGAAGAGGGUUCAAUUACAAUGGUUGAGGAAGCAAUAACAGAUAAUAGCAAGAUCAUUGUCAUAUUCCCUCGUCUACAAUCCAUUAUAGUGGAAUCUUGUCCAAAUAUAACAAGCUUUUACCUAGGAAGUAAAGGUCUUGAAUGUCCAUCCUUGCUUGAAAUUAAGAUAGCUAACUGUUCAAACAUGACUACUUUAAUUUCUACAUUUUCAACAGACGAAGAUAAAGAACUUAUAAUUGGUGAUGAAGUUGAUAACGUUUCUACAUUUUUCUCCCACAAGACACAGUUCCCUAAGUUGAAGGAGUUGGUGCUAUCUUCAAUUAGCAUCGAAAGAAUAUGGCUUCUCCAAGGGUUUUGUUCAACCCAAAAUUUGACAACGUUGAUCAUUGAGGGCUGCGACAACUUAAAACACGUCUUAUCCGACUCUAUGGUUGAAUAUCUUCAACAGCUCGAAUGCUUGGAAAUAAGUGAAUGCAAGUGCAUACAUGAGAUAAUAUCAAUGAAGAAGAUUAUCAAAGAAGCAUUUGGAAAUAGAUAUCUAAUCUGCUUCCCUCGAUUAAACUCCCUCAGAUUGAAAAGACUUGAAAAACUCAUUGGAUUUUGCCAUGAAGAUUAUACUGUUGAAUUCCCAACCUUGAAGAUUCUUGAGAUAGAAAGCUGUCCAAAAUUGGAAGGAUUCAUCCAUAAUUCUAUGAGUAAAGAGAUCUCUACAGAUGCAAUUUUUUUCAACAAUAAGGUUGCUUUUCCCAAUUUGGAGAAAAUCACAAUCUCCCAUUUGAGGAAAGCAAAGAGGAUAUGGUACAACCAACUUCAUACGAGUUCCUUUUCUAUGCUAAAAGAGUUGACUGUUAAGGAUUGUGAUGCGUUGUUGAACAUCUUUCCACAUUUUCUUUUGAGGGCUUUCCAAAGAUUAGAGAAAUUAAUAGUGAUUGAUUGUGCCUCAGUUGAAGAAGUGUUCCAACUUCAAGCGCAAGGGCUAGAUGUUGAAGAAAAAUAUACGGUAGACAGUGAAUUAAAAGAAGUGAAUCUCGUUUGCUUACCAAAGUUGAAGCAUGUUUGGACCAAGUAUCACAUGAGAAAUAUUUCUUUUGAAAGUCUACGACAAGUGAUCCCCCAAUUGGAGGAGGUUUCAUUUAGCCAUGGUGAUAUUGCGAUGAUAAGUGAUGGCCAGUUUGACGCUGGCUUAUUUUGCAAUGUAAAAUUUCUUCGAAUCUCUUGUUAUUCUGAUGUAUCAGAUGUUUUCCCAAUUUCUUUCAUUAGAAGGUUUUACAAUUUGGAAGGGCUUGACAUGGUUUUUUGUAAUUUCAAAGAGCUAGCUUCUUUCGAAAGCGAUGCAUGUGAAGAUAAAGACAUGACCAUCACAAUCCCAAAAAUCAAGAAGUUGAAAUUAGAUAUGGUUGACAACAUAAGACAUCUAUGGAAGCAAGACUCCCCGCUUGACCAUAUUUGUGCAAGUCUCGAAUGUCUUGAACUUUGGGAGUGUGGCAAUUUGAUUAAUUUAGGAUUAGGUCUUUCAUUUUUUGAAACUCUUACAACUUUAGAUGUCUGGAAAUGCAAUGGGAUGUCAGAGUUGAUUACAUCGUUCAAAGCCCAAAGUUUAGUGUGCCUUGUUACAAUAAGGAUCAGAGAAUGUGAAAUGAUGAGAGAAGUAGUUGCAAGCGACGGGGAUGAAACAUCAUAUGAGAUUGGUUUCAGAGCGCUAAAAUUUUUGGAGCUUCAUUGUUUACCAAGCCUCACAAGCUUUUGUUCAGGGUAUUGCACUUUAAGGUUUCCAUCUUUGGAACAAGUUACUUUGAGCCAAUGUCCUAGAAUGAAUAACUUCUAUCAAGGAGUGCUAAGCGCACCACAACUGCAUAAAGUGCAGUUAACAGAAACAGAUUUUAAGGGACGUUGGGCCGGUGACCUUAAUGCCACCGUUGAGCAGUUAUACAAAGAGCAGGUUGGAUAUCGUGGUCUAAAGCAUUUGAAGUUGUCAGAUUUUUCGAAGCUUAUAGACAUAUGGAGUAAAAAUCCUCAAGAAAUAUUGAAUUUUACAACUCUUGAAUUUCUGGAGGACGAAGAUAUAGAAGCAAUAAUUGGUGACGAAGUUGAAAGCCUUACUACAUUUUUCUCUGACAAGGUUGCUUUUCCAAAUUUUGAGAAAAUCACAAUCUCCAAUUUGAGAAACACAAAGAGAAUAUGGGUUUUCCAAAGAUUGGAGAAAUUAGUACUGAUUGACUGUGUUUCACUAGAAGAAGUGUUCCAACUCCAAGUGCAAGGGUUAGAUAUUGAAGAAACAUAUGUGUUAAACAGUCAACUAAGAGAAAUGAAUCUCGUUCGCCUACCAAAGUUGAAGCAUGUUUGGACCAAGUAUCGCAAAGGAAAUAUUUCUUUUGAAAAUCUACAAGUAGUAUGCAUUCAUAAAUGUUGGAGCUUGAAAACUCUGUUUCCAUUUUCAAUUGCCAAAGGUCUUCAGCAACUUGAAGGACUUACUAUUAAUAGGUGUGGGGUGGAGGAGAUUGUUUCAAAGAAUGAUGAAGGGUCAAACAACCAUGAAAUUUGUUUUGUAUUUAAUCAGUUGUCCUUCCUUAUGCUUUGGUAUCUACCAUACCUAACAUGUUUCUACCCAGGGAAGCAUAGAACAACAUGGCCUGCAUUAAAGCAUCUGAGGAUGUCUUGGUUGAGGAUUAAGAUAUUUGGGCAUGAAAAAUUCCAAAUCCGACGUCCACUUUUCCUCAUUGAAAAGGUUAUCCCCCAAUUGGAGGAGGUUUCAUUUAGCCAUGAUGAUAUUGCGAUGAUAAGUGAUGGCCAGUUUGAGGCCGACUUAUUUUGCAAUGUCAAAUUUCUUCGAAUCUCUUGCUACUUUGAUGUAUCAGUUGUUUUCCCAAUUUCUUUCCUUAGAAGGUUUUACAAUUUGGAAAGGCUUGACGUGGUUUCUUGUCAUUUCAAAGAGCUAGCUUCUUUCGAAAGCGAUGCAUGUGAAGAUAAAGACCUGAUCAUCACGAUCCCAAAAAUCAAGAAGUUGAAAUUGGAUAUGGUUGACAACAUAAGACAUCUAUGGAAGCAAGACUCCCCGCUUGACCAUAUUUGUGCAAGUCUCGAAUGUCUUCAACUUUGGCAGUGUGACAAUUUGAUUAAUUUAGGAUUAAGUCUUUCAUUUUUUGAAACUCUUACAAUUUUAGAUGUCUGGAAAUGCAAUGGGAUGUCAGAGUUGAUUACAUCUUUCAAAGUCCAAAGUUUGGUGUGCCUUGUUACAAUGAGGAUAAGAGAAUGUGAAAUGAUGAGAGAAGUAGUUGCAAGCGACGAUGAUGAAACGUCAUACGAGAUUGUUUUCAGAGCGCUGAAACAUUUGGAGCUUCAUUGUUUACAAAGGCUGUUAACCUUUUGUUCAGGGAAUUACACGUUAAGGUUUCCAUCCUUGGAACAAAUUACUUUGAGCCAGUGUCCUAGAAUGAAGAACUUUAAUCAGGGGGAGCUAACCACACCAAAACUGCAUAAAGUGCAGUUAACAGAAACAGAUUUUAAGGGACGUUGGGCUGGUGACCUUGAUUCCACCGUGGAGCAAUUAUACAAAGAGCAGGUUGGAUAUCUUGGUCUAAAGCAUUUAAAGUUUUCAGAGUUUCCAAAGCUGAUAGACUUAUGGAGUAGAAAUCCUCAAGAAAUGUUAAAUUUUGCAACUCUUGAAUUUUUGGAGGUUUGUGAUACCAACAAUUUGAGAUGCAUUUUUAACCUCUCAACGGCCUUCAGCCUGAGGCAACUCCGACAAAUGGAAAUCAAGAGAUGCAGUAAUUUGGAACAAGUCAUCAAAGAAGAGGGUUCAAUUACAAUGGUCGAGGAAGCAAUAACAGAAAGUUGCAAGAUCAAUAGCAUAUUCCCUCGUCUACAAUCCAUUAUAGUGGAGUCUUGUCCAGAUAUGACAAGCUUUUACCUGGGAAGUAAAGGUCUUGAAUGUCCAUCCGUAGUUGAAAUUAAGGUAGUUGAUGAAAUUAAGGUAGUUGAUUGUUUAAACAUGACUACUUUUGUUUCUACAUUUUCAAGAGACGAAGAUAAAGAAGCAAUAAUUGGUGACGAAGUUGUUAACGUUGCUACACUUUUCUCCAACAAGGUUGCUUUUCUCGGGUUAGAGAAAGUCACAAUCUCCUACUUGAGGAAUGUGAAGAGGAUAUGGUAUAAGCAGCUUGAUUCGAAAUCGUUUUCUAAUUUGAAAGAGUUAAAAGCAGAGCACUGUUAUGCAUUGUUGAAUAUUUUUCCACAUUUUUAUCUCGGAAAUUUCCAAAGUUUGGAGAAACUAACAGUAACUGAUUGUGCUUCAUUAGAAGAAGUGUUCCAACCCCAAGUCCAAGGGUUAGAUAUUGAAGAAGCAUGCUUCGUGACGAGUAAAUUAAGACAAGUGAAACUCUUCCGCUUGCCAAAGUUGAAGCAUGUAUGGAACAAGGAUCCUGAUGAAAAUACUUCUUUUGAAAAUCUUCAAGAAAUACAUGUUCAAGAUUGUUGGAAUUUGAAAACUUUGUUUCCAUUUUCAACAGUCAGAGAUCUUCAGAAACUUAGGAGCCUUAUUGUUAGUGGUUGUGGGGUAGAAGAGAUUGUUUCAAAGAAUGUUGAAGGAUCAAAUCAACAUGAAAUUUUGUUUGAAUUUAAUCAAUUAUCCUUCCUUGCACUCUGGGAUUUACCAAAUCUCGUAUGUUUCUAUCCAGGAAUGCACAACAUAAUGUGCCCUAUGUUAAAAAGGUUGACAACAUCUUGGCCGAUGAAGUUUAAGGUGUCUGGGAAUGUAGUGUCACAACUGUUGCCCAUUGGAAAGAUAAUCCCUCAAUUGGAACAUAUUUCACUUACUACUGAUGACAUUGCAAUGAUCACUGGUGGCCAGUUUGCGGUUGACUUGUUUUCCCAUAUUAAAGUUCUUCAAAUCACUGAAUACCUCAAUGAUUCUGCAGUUGUUGCGCUCCAUUUCUUCCAAAGAUUUUCCAAUUUAGAAAAGCUUAAGAUGGUUGGUUGCAGUUUUAAAGAGUUGUCUCCUUACGAAGGAAAUGUUAGUGAGGAGAGAGACGUGGCAAUGUUGCUCCCAAGAAUUAACGAGUUAACGUUGGUAGGUGUUGAUAAGAUGACACAUCUAUGGAAGCAAGGAUCUCCCCUCCAUCACAUUUGUGCUAAUCUUGAAACUCUUCAAGUUUACGAGUGUGUUAGCUUAAUGAGUUUAUCAUGUGCUUCUUCAUCUUUCCAAAAUCUUACAACUUUGGAUGUUUGGAUCUGCGAAGAGAUGGUAGAGCUGAUUACAUCUUCGAAAGCCCAAUGUUUGGAGCAGCUUGUUACAUUAAAGAUAGGAGGAUGUGAAAUGAUGCGAGAAGUAAUUGCAAGUGAUGGAGAUGAAGCACCAUAUCAUGAGAUUAUUUUCAAGGAGUUGAAAUGUUUGGGGCUUUAUGAUCUACAAAAUCUCAAAAGCUUUUGUUCAGGGAAUUACACUUUGAAGUUCCCAGCAUUGGAUGACUUAACAGUGAUUAACUGUCCCGCAAUGGAGAAUUUUUGCAAUGGAGCUUUAAGCACGCCAAAGCUACAACAGGUACUAACAGGAUGGGAAGUUAGGAGACGUACUUGGGACCUUAGUGCUACCAUGAGCAGUUUAAACAAAGAAGGUACAGAGUACUGA